AUGUCAGCUACGUCCGGUAUCGGUGUUUCGCAAGAGUUAUCCUCGCGGUUCUCUUCUGCUAUAGACUCUAAAUCUGUCAGAUUUCUCAAGAUAUCUAUACUGAAUGAAUCACUUGUACUCGACCAAAGCAUUCCGAUUGAAGGCACAUUCACAGAAGAUCUUGCAAAACUUCAGGACUUGCUAUUGGAAAAUGCGCCUGCGUACGUCCUGGCUAAAUUGGACGAUCCAUCAACAGAAUGGCUGGCAAUCUACUACGUGCCGGAUUUUGCAAAAGUUAGGGACAAGAUGCUUUACGCCGCUACUCGAGCUUCACUCUUGAAACACCUCGGAUCUACCGUGUUCACAGACUCACUGUUUGCUACAUCCAAAUCAGACCUCACUCCAGAAGCAUAUCUCGCUCAUCUGAAGCACAUCGCCGCGCCAAAGCCUCUCUCAAGUCGUGAGCAAGAAAUGGAGGACAUCCGGCUCGCAGAACGUAGUAAUGCGCCUUCGUAUGAAGGAAGCAGGGCGAGAACAUCCAUUGUUGGUACUGGCGUCGGCCUCAACUGGACGGCUGAUGUUGAAAGUGCAGUCAAAGAAAUGGGAAAUAGUGAUGAAUCUGGACUCGUUGUUAUCACGAUCGAUACAGCUUCAGAGACACUUGUCCUGUCUUCUGUUGCUCCGAUGAAAAUAGACACCCUAAAAUCAAGUCUUCCAUCCUCUGAACCGUGCUACGCAUUUUUUGCAUGGCCUCACGACUAUACCGAUCCUCCUAGACGCGAAGUCGUCUUCAUAUAUUCAUGUCCGUCCUCGUCUCCCGUGAAGCACCGGAUGCUCUAUUCCUCCGGAUCCACUAGCGUUUUCCAAGCAGCUAAAACGUUCCUUGCAUCAUCGAACUCACAUUUUAAUGCACGUAAGGUUGAAACAUCUGACCCUACGGAGUUGGAUGAAGCAUUUUUAAAAAGUGAAUUGGGCUUCGAUAAUGUUACAGCUGGUGGUGGUGAUAGUGCUACAAUCAAAACCCCGCUGGGAGGCGAUACGUCGAAGUCAUUUGCUAAACCGAGAGGACCUGCGAGGAAAAUACGGUAA